UCGUCUUCCGCACUAAAUCGUCCUCGCCGAGGCCAACCGUUCGCAUGCAGUGACGCAAAAGCCAGAGCUCCAGCCUUCGAGAGAAAAAGCUCGCAUCAUUCAUAAACCUGCUUCUUGGUAGCUCCAAUUCGUGCUUCUCGAAUCUUGCAAUCGACGCCUGAGUUGCCAUGGCGUUGAGAAUGAUCACAAGGAGGUUGGAGAGUAAACUGCAGCCCGUGUUCUCUUCUGCCUCUCUGCUGCAUUCACAUGCCACUAGCUUUGGAUUUAAAGAAGUGCGCGAAGAGGAUAAAAGUCAAAUGGUUGGGAACGUCUUCACGAGUGUUGCUUCAACCUAUGAUCUCAUGAAUGAUUUGAUGAGUGGCGGUCUUCAUCGACUAUGGAAAGAUAGACUAGUUUCCAAGCUGCACCCUUUCCCAGGAAUGAAGCAUCUUGAUGUGGCCGGUGGGACAGGUGAUGUUGCUUUCAGGAUUCUGGAAGAUAUAAACAGCACAAGACAUCGAGCAAUGCAGGAUGCUACGGAGGAUUACUUACAUGAAGAAACUCGAAUACACCUAUGCGACAUCAAUCCAAACAUGUUAAAUGUUGGUAAAAAGAGGGCCAUAGAGAGAGGUCUUGGAGACAAUAAGGCCCUUAUAUGGGUGGAGGGAGAUGCAGAAUCCUUGAAAUUCGAAGAUAAUUCAAUGGAUGGCUACACAAUUGCAUUUGGGAUUAGGAAUGUAACACACAUUGAGAAAGUACUUGCUGAAGCUUAUAGGGUGCUUAGAAGAGGAGGCAGAUUCCUUUGCCUUGAACUGAGCCACGUGGAUACUCCCAUAUUCAAGGAAUUGUACGAUUACUACUCGUUCUCGGUUAUUCCUGCUAUGGGAGAAUUAGUUGCGGGCGAUCGUGAAUCAUAUCAAUACUUAGUUGAGAGCAUCCGUCGGUUUCCUGCACAGGAAAAAUUUGCUUCAAUGAUUGCUGAUGCUGGCUUUCAGAAGGUCGAGUACGAAAAUCUUGUUGGGGGAGUUGUUGCCAUCCAUUCAGGCUUGAAACUCUAGUCAGACGUAAAUGAAAUUUUGUUGGAAAAGAUUUUGGCUAUGGUGGCAAAGGAAUUGAUUCAGUAAUCUGUAGGGUCAGGUUUCCAAUCCACAAGAUUACUUUGCGAUAUGUAUCGUUCAGAACAUUAUGUCCCUGUCAUAAAAUGAUUUUGAGAGUUUUCUUUCUCUGUAUCUGAUGUGGCAAAAAUCAAAGAUGAGCGCUAGUGUUCAGUUGAA